CAUGCUGACCACCCCAUGCAGCUGUUCAGCUAAAACAUCUUCCCUAAAUAACUCUUCUCAUUUGAUAAUUGAGAGAAAAUAGCUCAAGUGAUUGUGGUUUUGUUUGCUCCACAGAAUCAGCAACCCACCUAAUCUGCACUGUUUCAUUCCUAGGCUUUAGCAAAAUCCUGUGAUUAAUUCUAUGUUUUCACAAAGGAGCAAUGUGGAGAUGGAAGAGAGAUUGCCAAAUCUACAGCUUCUGACCAGCAUUAAGCUACAAGUUCAGCAACACGCACCAGAGACCAUCGGCUAUACAAUUAGCUGCAGCCCACCUUUCUGUUAACAGCAACACUCAGAAGCUCAUGAUCUAAUGGGAAGAGGAAGUGGCACUGACAAGCAGCAAGACACAAGAGUUUUCUUCAUCCAAACUGCAGUUGACACUGGUUAGGAAGAAGAAAAGAAAAGAAAGAACCCUACCAACCAUUUGUGGGAAGUUUUCUUGCCAGUGCUGAGACCAAUACACAAGACCAGCCCAGUCCCUCUCCUGGAGCCCAGGUAUUCCCCUUCUCCAGCAAAUAAACCCUUCAAAGACAGAAGAUGACAACAGAUAUGAUAGAGAGCAACAAUACCAAAUCCAGUGCUCCCCUCCUGACCCAAAGAUACCUGAGGAUGGUGACCAAAGAUGGACACAGCACAUUCCAGAUAGAUGGUGCUCAAGGCAAAGGUCUGGCAUACCUCCGAGAUGCAUGGGGAAUACUAAUGGACAUGCGCUGGAGAUGGAUGAUGCUGGUCUUCUCUGCUUCCUUUGUCAUUCAUUGGCUAGUCUUUGCAGUGCUUUGGUAUUUGCUGGCUGAGAUGAAUGGGGACCUGGAGCUGGACCAUGAUGCUCCACCUGACAACCACACUAUAUGUGUCAAGUACAUCACCAGUUUUACAGCUGCUUUCUCCUUCUCACUGGAGACACAACUCACAAUUGGUUAUGGCACUAUGUUCCCAAGCGGGGACUGUCCCAGUGCUAUUGCUCUGCUGGCAAUACAGAUGGUCCUGGGGCUCAUGCUGGAAGCCUUCAUCACAGGUGCUUUUGUGGCAAAAAUUGCCCGACCAAAGAAUCGGGCAUUCUCCAUCCGCUUCACCCGCUCUGCCGUGGUGACGCACAGCGAAGGGAAGCCGUACUUGAUGUUCCAGGUGGCCAACACACGCUCCAGCCCACUGACCAGUGUCCAGAUUUCUGCUAUACUUUACCAAGAACAAGAGAAUGGGCAGCUGCACCAAACUAGUGUUGGCUUCCACCUAGACAGCAUUACUUUGGAUGAAUGUCCUUUUUUCAUCUUUCCACUGACCUACUACCAUUUAAUCACUCCAUCUAGCCCUCUGGCUGCUCUGCUCCAAAGAGAAACUACUCACCAUUUUGAGCUGGUCAUCUUUCUGUCAGCUGUGCAAGAGGGCACAGGAGAAAUGUGUCAAAGGAGAACAUCCUACCUCCCUUCAGAGAUCAUGCUGCACCAUCGCUUUGCCUCUGUGCUAGCCCGCAAUGCCAAAGGUGAAUAUCAGAUCAAGAUGGAGAAUUUUGACAAGACUAUUCCUGAGUUCCCAGCUGCAGCUGACUCAAAGAGUCCAAAAAGAACUGACAAGAUCCACAUCAAUGGACAGCACACCGACAGCUUCCAGCUCUCUGAGACUGGCUUCACAGAAUAGAGAGAACAGACUUGGGACUCUGUGCUUUUUUUAAUAAUUAUUACAUUAAACUUUCAAGUUCCAUUUACAACCUUCCUUCCUUGCCUGCCCUGCCAUCUUCUAAUGAUCAUUCUCUUGUACUCCCACCCUUUUGAUUGCAACAUGAUAUGCAGAGCAAAGAGAAUGGAUGUGUCCAUACAAACCAAGGAGAGGCUAGAUUGAUGGACCAGGACAAAGUCAAGUACAAGAAUCACAGUACUAAUUCUUGGAAAUUAAAAGAGCUACCUGCUGAAUUCACCAGACUAUGAUUAAAGCCGCACUGACCCUUGAAAGGAGAGACCUUCAAAACUCCCAAAGCUGACCUAAAUCACAAUUAAGCAGUUUAUGACAAAAUGGAGAACACAAUACAAGAGAAAAAUCUUAGUUAAAACCAACAUGGGUUCAUUCAGUACAUGUAUUAGUUCUGGAAUUAGUUCUGUUCUUCCAAAAUCCCAGUUUUUAUGCUCUCUUAACUCCUUGGGGAUACACAGUUAUAUCUGUUUUCAGACGGCUGAAUUCACUCUUAGGAAGUACUGCCAAUCUCUCAUGGCAGUGAAAAGCACUCCUGCUGUGCUUAUUAAGCUAAAUUGUAAAUACUAACUGUAGCUCUUCAUUCUGCCAAAUAAGAGAAUCUCUCAUUUCAAGACAGGUCUAU